GUGCACAACCGCGGGUCGAUUUUUACGACUGCUAUUCAUGGUUUUACGACCCUAAAUCCUUCCAUUCUGGAAUAGAAAUGGUUAACAGGCCUGGUCUAUGCAUUAAGGCAGCUAUUAAUGCGCAACGUUAGGGAAGCAGCGAUUACACUGAUCAUACCGAAGUUAUCCUCCUGAUUGUCGAGUUUGUGUGAAAAGUGCACACCAAAUAUUCAUCGUUCUUGUUGUUGUUUUGAGUGGGUGGGGAUCACCAUCACUCAGUUGCCCGUGUGUGCUGAUUUUGAGCACGCACUUCCCCUGAUCCACAUUUUGGGCCAAUCUACCACAAGCCGGCAGCGUCGGUUUAGAUCCCGGUCUACACUCACGUCAUCUAGUUGCUGUACCUAUCGUACGGAGAUGUUUCGACGCCAGAAAGCUCCGCCUGUAUGGGUUUGGUUAACAGUGGUGACAUGGCUUGCCUACUUGGUUGACUGCACACCACUGACGUCGUCAGAAUGUCCCAGCAAAGAAACUACUUCUACCGGCGACUGUUGCCUGCAGUGUCCCGCUGGAUGGGGCGUCCAGUCGCGCUGUUCAGCAGUCAACAACACCAUCUGUACGCAGUGUUACAAUGACAUCACAUUUUCAUCCGAGCCCAGUCACACUGCUGGCUGCAUGCCGUGUAGAAGAUGUGCCAGGAAUGAAUUCGUCAUAAGAUCCUGCAAUAUCACACAUGAUACCUUGUGCGAGUGUAGGAGGAACUACUUUCAUACGGCGGAUGGAUCUUGUAGUCAGUGUAACACGUGCCCUCCUGGAUUUGGUACAACUGUGGCAUGCAAUACGUACCAAAACUCGGAAUGCGAUUUCUGUUCAAAUGGGACUUAUUCUGACGUGACGAGCGCCACCAAUGAUUGUGUACCUUGCAGUAUGUGCCCUGAAGGCACUGUUGUGCUGAAUACGUGCACAAGAUUUUCAGACACUGUUUGCUCAGAUAAAGCGUUAUCAACAACCGUUGCAUACCAUCCAGCCAGUCAAACCCCAGAUACGGUUUCACGUGCUAUCGACGGUAGAUCUCCUAGCAUCGUACCCAUCUACUGCGCUAUCCUGGCUUUCGUUGUUAUUGGUCUUCUCGGAUAUGUCGUCUUUAAGAGAUGGUCUUUUAGAAGAGUAAAGCUGCGAUCUCAUUCGAAGCAAACAAGGUCUCCCCCAGGGUCUCCGUCAAAAGUCGACAUCGAGAAGGCCUGUUCUGGGAAAAAUUCUAGUAAAAAAACGACAGCGGAUUUUUCGAGUUUAGCAUCCGUGAACACUCGGCCGAGCGACCAAACACCUCUAAUGGCCGUUCCUAGCACAACUUUGUAUCGAGAUCUACCGACAGCAACACGUUCGGAAGUGGAGUCUUUGCUGGGUAUCUCCAGGCUGGAUAGGCGGGAUUGGAGGGGGCUCGCCCACGAGCUGGGAUUCACUGACAAAGACAUCGUACAUUUUAUCAAAAGUUCUCAUGAGGAUUUGCCCGUUCAUCGGAUCUUGACUGUAUGGUCUGACGGAGAGGGCGCUGUUGUCAGCGUUUUGGUAGCUGCUUUACAAAGACUGAACAGGCAGGACGUGCUUAAGAAGUUACCAGUAAUUGCAUGAUCUAAACAAAUUAAAACAUCCAGUUUACAAACGAU